UAAUGGUGAAACCAACCAGCUCGCUUCUUCAAAGAUACAAAAACAAUGUUCGGGUGGAUCCAUCAACUCUAAACCACUACUUAUGCUACUAUUGCGGAAAAACAUUGUCCGAUCGGCUCGAAUAUCAGCAGCACAUGUUAAAAGUUCAUGAAGUUAUGUCACAGUCCUAUCAACUAUGGUCUGAUCACACAAUGGACACAUUAGGAUUAAUAUGGAGUGAAUCUAAACGGAGCUAUGACCGGGAUACUUCAUGUUCUCUUUCAGUUCCCGCUUCUCCUAUGUCAAGAGAAUCAAGAAACAGGAAUUCGGACGAUGAUUAUUACGAUUAUGUGUACGAAGACGAAAAGCCAAAAAGGAGAAGGAUCGACGUGGAACAAUCGAGACGAUCGGUUGCUGCCGCAGCAGAAAAGCAUCGAAAAUUGCUAGAAGAGCAGAGAAGAAAAGCUGAAGCUGAAUAUGAACGAAAAAGGAAAGCUGAUGAAAAGAAAAAAGAAAAAGCCAUAAAAGACGAAGAAAAGCGUAAAGCAGAAGAUUUGAGAAAAUGUUUACAGUUGCAGCAACAGAAAACUGCUGCUGCUGCUCAAAUAAGAGAAACUGCAGAGAAAGCAGCAGUGGCGAGAAGGAUGAGUACUUUUGAGGUUGGAGAAUCGUCAGAACAGCUAGCAAAGCCGGAAGGGGAAAAGAGAAAAAGAAGAAGAACUGAAUCACGAUGGCGAGAAAUCGAAUCUGAUAGUGAUAAGCCAGAGGUGACCGCAUUGGUGAAAAAGAUUUUGGAGGAAAGCAAGAAAAAGGAAGCGUCAAGCCAAGAAGUUGAAGAUGCUGAUCUGGUCCCUGAGCUUUCCACACGAAAACCAUACGAUAAUACGGAGCAUGUUUCAAAGUUAUGCAAAGUGUGCAAAAAGGGUCCUCAUUAUACAUUUGCAAAUCUGUUCGAGCAUUAUCAAGACCUCCAUAAUGCAACAAUCAAAUCACUUCACUAUUAUGGAUUUAACGGAAAUAAGUUAAUUGGAAAGAAGAAUCUAAUUGAACGAGAUCACUGUCAGAGAUGCGUUAUCAAGUUCCCAAGAGCACGAGAUUACUUUGCGCAUAUGAUUAAACAUCACGUUUAUGAAAGUGUCAGAUGCCAGCUUGAUUUCGAAAACGCCACCAACGCGGACGUUGAAGCUAGAAUGAUGUUCCGUGACAGAAUCCUGACUCUUGGAUACAACUUCAAAUUCGAGCAAGUAGCUGAUCCAAAUCUCGUAUCAGAUGUUUUGGAACCUGGACAAGAACCAUCGACAAGUGCGGAGCAGGAAGAUCCGAGCUCGCUCAAAAUCGUAAAACUCGAGGAACCAGAACUUGAAGAACAAAAGGCUUUGAAACCAGAAUCAGAGGCGAUGGAGCAGCAGGAAGACGUACACUCGCUGAAUCCUGAAUAAUUCAUUAAUUUUCAAUCAUAUUUUGUUAUUUUUUUUCGGGUUCUCACAAACAAUUUUACGUGAAACGUGAUUCUUCAUGUUUCGCGCGAUUCUCAAAAUCUAAUCUCAUUCUGUCUCCCAUCUAGAUAUCUUAUAUUUCGGUGUAAUAUCUCUCUUCCACCACUCAUAAUGCAACUUUUACAUUCAAUAAUUUUCAAUUUGUUACCUGAACAUUCCCGUUUUUAAAUGAAUUAUUAUUUCGACUA